AUGUGCUUCGUCGUCCGCAUCGUGCUGGACCAAAUCCCCGACGAGAAGGGCGGCGUUUACGGGAUGGAGCUGGCCGAUACGGUCAUCAUCCAGGACGGGGUGGCGGAAUUGAAGACCAAGGCCGCGCGCAAGCCAAGCGAAAUCUUUUACGAAAUCGAAGAAACCCCAGAGGAGGCGGAAGAGCUACCGGUACGCAAUUUAUCGAAAAUCACACGACAGGGUAUGGCGGAUACGUCUAUGGUCUCCCGAGAGGCCCAACGAGAGGACGAACUCAAGAAACUUCUUCUCGAACUCCAUGCCGAGUUCAUCGCGGCGGGGGGGAAAAAAGGCAUACAGACAUCUACGGAAGAGCUGCGGGUCUACGAAAUUGGUCGACUUUCGUUUGGCGAGCUGCAUCCAUUCUCCGCCACGGACCGGCUUCCACCCCCGGAAGCGAAAGGAAACCUUUAUAUCCAAACGGACAAAAAGGUCGCUUGGUUGCCGCUCUUCGGCAACUUGACACCUUUUCAUAUAUGCACAAUCAGUAAGGUGGACGUGCGCAUGGAAGGGGAUCGCUAUAUCCUGGUCAUCACCUUCCAUACCCUGCAGGAGGCGAAUGUCGGCUACAAGCUGAACCGCACCAAGGUCUUCCUCAAAGAGCUGAACUACGCAUCCUCAAGUGAUAUCUUUACCGAUUUCAAGCUUCAAAUUCAAGCCGUCCAUCAGCGCAUCAAAAAUGAGGAUGCCGCUAGAAAACGAAACGCCACCACCGCUUUGACCGGAAAGCUUGUGCUUGGCAAGAUUUUGGGCCUCCCGCAGGUGAAACUCCGCCCGCCCAUCAGUGUGGGCCGCCAAAACAAGGGCUGUGUUGGGAACCUGGAGCUUCAUCAAAACGGCCUGCGCUUCUCCCACCUCGGCGGCGCCCCGAUCGACAUCACCUUCGACAACAUCAAACACGUCAUUUUCCAACCAUCGAUCCAGGAAAUCUGUGUGAUCUAUCAUAUUACCCUGAAGAAGGCCAUUGAGGUGGGUCGCAAGAGUACGGCGGAGCUGCAGUUCGUGGCGGAGGUGAUGGAAAGCAGCGAAUCCGCUACCGGCGCCCGCCGCUCGCACCAAGAGGAGAUCGACGCGGAGCUUCGCGAUGAGACCCGUGCGCGCGAGACCAACAAGCAGUUCAUCACCUUUGCCCGGGCCGUGGAGGAGCAGAGCAAAAUCAAAACCCAGCUUCCAACCAGCAAAUUCUUCUUCGAUGGGGUGCACACACGAUCGAUGGUGAAGUUCCGCGGCAGCAGUGAGGUGUUAUGGGCUAUCAGCGACUGGCCAGCCUUCACGCAGGCCGUGAGCGAAGUCGAGGUCGCGUCCUUCGAGCGCGUGAUCCCAGGCGGCUCCACCUUCGACCUGACCUUGGUAAUGAAGGACUACACCAAACCGGUGGUCACCAUCAACUCCAUCCCAAGGCAGUUCCUCGACAUUCUGAAGGAUUGGUGCCUCGUCGCCCGGCUGUACUAUAUGGAGACAACCGUCAAUCCGAAUUGGAAGGUAACCCUCAAGGAUAUUCAAGACGAUACAGAGUGGGAUCCAUGGCUUUCCGGUGCGGGGUGGUCCGUGUUAAACGACGACGCGGAUGAGGAAGACGAAGAGACCGACUCGGAUUCAACGUACUACGAAGAGGACGAUGAUGAGAGUGACGAGUCCGACGAAAGCUCGUGGCUUGAAGAUGAAGAAAGCGACGUGUCUACUGAGGAGCAGGACUCUAGCGAUGCGAGUUGGGAUGAACUAGAACAAGAAGCGGAGGAGCAGGACCGGAGGCGAAAUUACAGUGACGAUGACGACGACAGGCCUAAAAAAAGUAAGCGAAAUGAGUCGAAUACCCCCCGGGCAGUCGCGGUCCCUCCACGCCACAUCCCCAUGAAGACUAACUCCUUUGGAAAGAUGGCCGUUCCGCCACCCUCACGAAGGUUCUAA